ACAACUGUCAUUCACGGGUAAAUAUGAAUUUAGGUGUCUCAAUCGAGUCUCAAUCUUAUUUAUAAUAUUUUUUUCUUAGAUGUGAAUUUAUACAACAUAAAUAACAGCCAUCGGACACAUCCUUUGCAACGAACGACAACUUCCUGCUCGAGAUGCGUUUAUUUUAUGUUUGUCCAAAUUGUAGUGAAGUAUAAUUUACGAUGGAUUCUGGGACAGAUUGGCUCUGUGAAAUUCUACAGAAUGUUCAGCUUGAACAAUUUUAUUUACCCAUCAGAGACCAGUUGCAGAUCACAAGACUAGCACAUUUUGACUAUGUGCAUGCUGAAGACCUUGAGAAGCUUGGUAUCAGUAAGCCUGGGGUGCGCAGGCUAUUUGAUGCUGUCAGGAAAAAGAAGUUACAGUUAUGGAACAGGAAGUUUUGGAACAAACUAUUUGGUUCAUCAUCAAGCUCAGUUUCCAAGGAGAAAACUGAUUUAGCAGUGAGGACCCCACAAGCUGACUCAAGAACAACUUGUAUUAUACUUGAGAAGGAUAUUAUAUUACACAGUGAGAUUGGUAAUGGAUCAUUUGGUGUUGUAAAGCGGGGAGAAUGGAGGGUGUCUGAACACCCGUCUCAAACAGUUCCUGUAGCAGUUAAGGUUUUAAAGGCAGAUGCAUUCUCACAGCCAGGCAUCUAUGAUGACUUCAGGAGAGAAGUGGAAGCCAUGCAUAGUUUGAAACAUCCCAAUCUCAUCAAACUGCAUGGCGUAGUGUUCCAUCCAUUGAUGAUGGUGUGUGAGCUAGCAGCUAUGGGCUCUCUACUAGAUUAUAUUGUUGCUCAGAAUGGCAAAGUGUCAUUGAACUACAUCUACAAAUGGUCAGAACAAGUAGCAUCGGGAAUGGCACAUUUGGAGAAGCACAGGUUUUUGCACAGAGAUCUUGCCUGCAGGAAUAUUUUAUUGUCCAGUGUGGAUUUGGUAAAAAUAGGUGACUUUGGUCUAAUGCGCGCGUUACCGGACGCGGACGAUUGUUACGUGAUGAGUGAGGGUCGGCGCGUGCCGUUCCCGUGGUGCGCGCCGGAGUCGCUGCGCAGUCGACAGUUCUCCCACGCAUCCGAUGUCUGGAUGUUCGCUGUCGCUCUCUGGGAAAUGUACACCUUCGGAGAGGAACCCUGGAUAGGUUUGAACGGUUCGGAGAUACUGCGACUAAUAAUGCGUGAAGGUCAAAGGUUGUCGGCACCGAACGCCUGUCCGCCUGACGUGUACAUGCUGAUGAUGCAGUGCUGGGACCUCAACCCUAAGGAGCGACCGACCUUCGCCGGCAUACAGCGGUACAUCGAGACCAACAAGUUCGAAACAGCUAUUGCUGCGCUCAGUUACCGGCGACCGGGCAAGAUGACCAUCGACGCUGGUGACGCUAUCAUACUGAUUGACAAACGACCCGAGCUCCACUGGUGGAAGGGGCAGAACCAACGGACUUUAGAAGUAGGACUGUUUCCAAGCACAUUAGUUACAGUUGGAUUGAAGAGUGCUAAAAACAAUCAGGCAGUUAAGAAAUCGCAGACGUUGACACCUACACAAAGAGCCCAAGCGACAUCGAAUACAUCAUCAUCGAACGGCGUGUCGGACGACAUGGCGGUGGUAUUGCGAAAGCGUCGUACGAUAGAAUCGACGCAGCCGUCGACGACGCGCGGCGGGAACACUGGCAGCAAACACUUCAACUACAACAAACUCACCAACGACCGCGUCGCCACCCUCGCACAGGAACGAGCCGCCCGACACACUAGGGACGCACAUUCCAAGAGUCUCAAUCAAGUAAAAGAAGACAUAUUGAUCGACCUGGAUCUCCCGCCCUCCACUCGGCUAAGCACGCCAAGUAAGAAGUCCAGCCCCAGCAGUCCCAACGUGGUCUCUAUUCUUGACGAGCCCAUAGAUGUACCAGAAAUUGGGCUCGACAGUGAUUGGGGCGAACAGAGCAUAGAAAGUUUACCCAGUGUCUCUGCUUCAUACAACAUACAAAACUACGGCAUGUACGGUGCUAAGUCCCUCGACAACUUGUCAACUCCUCUACACCUGAGCACACCACCAGCACCUCCACAACCAGAUCCAUUCGACACCUCACAAUUCUGGCCCUCCAAUGCAACUAGGCCUAACUACGAUAUUACAGAAUCUAAUAUAAAUAGUAUAAGCAAACAGUUACAAGAAUCUCACAGAUACUCGAGUAGCAAGCAGUCUUCCAGUGCGGAGACUUCACAUAUCUACAAUAACAUGCCGUCUACAAGCACCGCCAGUGCUAACAAUACGUACGGUAACACCCCGUCACCGUACGCCAUGAACAACGCUCUCUCACUAGAACGAAACGUGACCGCACCCAGUGUUACAGCUUCACUAGCAGACAUGUCGUUAGACGACAGAAUCUCAGAAUCUCUCAAUCUUAGAUCUAAAAGCAACAACAGCGAUUACCUGUAUAGCGAUAGCAUUUACAACGCGCCGUCCACUUCAGCCGCGGCAAACAACGCCGCUGAAGAUAAGAAAUACGGUGACAUUCCCAUCUACAAGAACUAUGACAUCACACCGGUACAGCAACAGUUCAUAUUGGAAACAAAAGACUACUACACCAAACUAUCAACGCCGUCGAAAGCUAACACGAGCAAUGAUUACGAAAAGAACAUUUAUGUGCCGAAGUACGAAGAGGAUGGUGAGAAGUUGAAGAACUUUAGCGACUGCGUUGAGAAUUCUAAGAAUUACUCCGCAUACAAGUAUCAGAAUGUAGACUAUCAGUAUUCGAAUUAUGAUAGCUUCCGAGGCAGUCUUGCGUCGACAUCGCGCGGAGGUGCCACUGCCGUGUACGACGAGGUCAACGACACAGCCAGCAAUUUCUACAGCGAAAUUGGUGAGCCCGCCGGGUCCAGCCUGUACGCCGCGCAGCCUGUCUACUCAAACUCCAACCUGUAUGACGAGGUGUAUGAAGACUCAGUCCCAAGGCCGCACAGGCCCGCGCCACCCUGUCCCACUAAACCUAAAUAAUUACACAUUAUAUAUCUCAUUAGUGCUCCCUAAACCAGUUUACUAAAGUGUGCAAAAUAUACUAAUUAUAAGUUACCAAGCGAUGAGAUAUUACUGUGUGCCUUUUAAUUCUCGAAACAGAAAGAUGACUGAUUGAAAGGUUGACAUUUCAUAAGACGUUUGCACUCAAACUGAGCAUUUAUUGAGCCACAUUUCUAUUUAGACGUGGUCUAAAUAGAGGCAUAGUUAAAGUUACUGUAAAUAGUAUCGUUAUCUUCUGAAAUGUCAAUUUACAUAAGACUGACAGCAUUUUAAUGUCGCCGGAAAGAGAAUCGUAUGACGAUCUGUCCCUCCUAACAUUAUUAUAAUUUUAUUCUAGUAUAGUUUUUACGUUAUUUUCGAUCCUAAAACUAUUCCAUUGUGUUCUAAUUGGCCUCUAAAACCCAACCCAGCAUGCAACAUUACUAAAUACUAUAACUAUAUAACUGAUAUUAAUGUAACUGUAUGUACUCUGUUCGUAUAACUCGAAUGUCAAUGUGUAAAUAAGUAAGAGUUUGUCUAUGUAAUCUCAAAGUGUAUAUUACGGAGUGUUAUUUUUGUAACGGAGAUUAUAUUUUGAAUAAUAAUAAUAUUGUAUGACGAAGCAGACAUUAUGAGUAAAUAGGAAGUAUAAGUAUUAUCAUAAAAUGUACAUAGUCAAUUGGCGUCUAUUUAUACGUAGAAAAUGUGUUCGUUGUAAAUGACGAUGAUCAUUCCCUGUGUUGGCAUCUCUAAAGGCAGCUGUGUUGACCAGUAAAAAAAUCUUUAAUUAUUAUUAUUGUAUUGGUUAAAACUAAAAUUAUUCGUGGUUGGUUUUUUCAUACCACAAGCAAGAUUUAUUUUUACAAGCUUUUGCGUAGUUUUUUUACUUAUCUAUUAAAGAGAAGUUUUUACCUUCUCAGAUACCUAUUGAAGAAUAUUUAAAUCGAUAGUGCUUCUGUAAGUUAUCAAAAAUGCAUGGUAAAAUUCAGCAGUUGAUAUCGACAGCUUAUUCGUUCAACUCGUAAGUGGAAUUAGGAACGACGAUUCUGAACGUUAACAAGUUAAUUACUCACUAUUUUUACUCGUUUAGAAUUUUAGUUUUUAUUUUGUAAUACUGUUUUUUGAACAUUAAUUCAGUUUGUAC